AUGAAGUAUUCCGCUGCUCUUAUCGCUGCUCUCAUCAGUUCGGCUUCGGCCGCUGCCACAACCACCCUUCCUGCGUCCAAGGGUGCCACUGCUGUGUCCACCGCUAUCCCCGUCAAGACUAGCUACGAUGGUGGCAUGAAGAAGUUUGACCGAGAUCCCAAGGUUUGCAAGGGACAAACUGAGACUGGUGAGAAGGACGCCAUGUUCAUCCUCGAGGACGGCGCCACCCUCUCCAACGUUAUUAUCGGCCCCAACCAGGCCGAGGGCGUCCACUGCAAGGGGACCUGCACUCUGAACAACGUCUGGUGGGCCGAUGUCUGCGAAGAUGCCCUCACCCUCAAGCAGACCAGCGGCACCUCAUACGUCAACGGUGGCGGUGCCUUCAAGGCCUCUGAUAAAAUCAUCCAAUUCAACGGCCGUGGCACCGUCCGGAUCAAGGACUUUUACGCCAACGACUACGGAAAGCUCGUCCGCAGCUGCGGCAACUGCAGCGGCAACGGCGGCCCUCGCAACGUUGUUAUCGACGGCGUUAUUGCCAAGGACGGUGGCGUUCUUUGCGGCAUCAACACCAACUACGGCGACACCUGUAAAAUCACCAACUCUUGCCAGGACAGCGGGAAGUACUGCGACCGCUAUGAGGGUAACUCGAGCGGCGCGGAGCCUACCAAGCUUGGCUCUGGCCCUGAUGGCACUUACUGCACUACCUCUGGUGUUACCAAGAGCUGCUAA